AUGCGCAUUCCUCAUGCUCUCCAAUCCUCCAUUCUCGCGCCCGCCCCACUUAGAAACAGCGCCUGCGAUUACUUUACGGCAUACGCACGCGCACUCAGACACAGAACUCCCCCAGCGUCGCUCUCAGGCCCGGCCUCCUAGGCGCAUGCGGCCUUCGUCUUCCCGGGCUUGCCCUGUAACCAACAGCCACAGCUUCGCUAAUGGUACGAGGCGCAUGCGCGUUUUUGCUCCGUUCUAGGCGGUUGGAGUCAGCGCUGUACUGCUUGCCCGCAGCCAUGGCCGGGGCGCUGAAGAAGACCACUGGGCUCGUGGGACUAGCUGUAGCUGAGAAUCCUCAUGAGCACCUGAGAAUACUGUAUUCAAAAAUCCUCACUGUUCUGCAGGACAUCCCCAAAGAUGCAGCAUAUAGGAAAUACACUGAACAGAUUGUAAAUGAGCGGUUUAAUAUGGUAAAAACAGAACCUAAUGUGCAAAAACUAGAAGACAAAAUGAAAAGUGGUCAGAUAGAAGAAGUGAUAAUACAGGCUGAAAGUGAGCUCUCUCUGGCAAGAAAAAUGGCACAGUGGAAACCAUGGGAGCCUUUAGUUGAAGAACCUCCUACUGACCAAUGGCGAUGGCCAAUAUAAUAGUCAGCAUUAUUUCUGUAACUACUUGAGAAUCGGAAAAAACCACUUAAUUAAAUAUUAGUAUCAUGUUACUGAAAAUUUUGUCUUUAAAUUAAAGAAAAUAGCUUUUUGUAUAUGAUUUCUUUUGCCUCUAUUUACAUUUAGCAGGAUGUAAAGGUCCAGUCUGACUUUCUUGCAAAAAUGCUUUACUAAAUCUUUGUUAAGGGCAAUCUGAUUAUUUUAUUUCCUAGCUUGUUGAUUUAACAAUAUAUUUAAGUAGAAACAAACUUUCUUCUGUGUAAUUAGAAACAGAAACUUUCUUUUGUGUAAUUACCCUUCUUUUCUUGUCUGAUCCACUUCUUGACAUUUUAUCAGCAUGGAAGCAAUUUUCAUGUCUCAGACUCUGGAUUGUGGCUACACUGAACUGGCUAAGGCAAGAAGAGGAAAGGGUGAACUGCAUUUUACAUAAAUGCCUGAUGAUCAGCUGUGGUGAGAUAAAUACAGAUAAAACUGUGUGUCCGUUUGAUACGUUUGAUUAAAGUGGUACAUUUGUAAAGUUUUGGAAGUCACUCUGGGAAAAGGGAAAUAAUAAAAAACAAGUCUGCAACCAAAAUUUUUUAACUAAUGGAGGCAAAAAGUACUAAAUUUAAAGUUCCACUACCCUUCCACAUGUGAAUUUUGUUUGAUAGUGUGCUGGUAAUUUUUAAGGAUUUGAGAAUCACUGAGGAUAAUCCUAAGAGUAUACAAAUGCAUCUGUGACUCAGCUAAUGCUGUGUUGAUGUGAACUGGCAUAUAGCCUUCAGAUAAAAGAACUUGACAUUCAUAAUUGAUAGUUUGGGCCACAUUGUUUUCCUGUUUACUUAAAUGGGAAUAGAGUAAGACCAUUUGUGAAGAAAAUAUUUCAGUGUGCUUAAUAAACCUGUAGAGUUCAACAUUGAAAAGCAUAACAGUUAGAAAUCACAGGGAUCAGAGCUGAGGCUAUUUUUAUUUAUUCUUUCAGUACCAUGAUCCAAGUAAUGCUUUCAAGUUUGCAAGUGACAUAUAGCCUCUGAGGAACAGUAUGUGAGCUAACAAUGCAGUUUUAUACAGAAGAACUCACAGUGAGCAUUAAGGAUUUAAAUUAAUAGACUGCCAAUACAGCCAUAUAUAAAACAGCUAGUUUCAGAGAGGCUAUUUCCUUAACUAAAAACUGUUGCAUUUAGAGAUAUGGAUAAUGUUGCAGGAGAACUCUAAUCUGCAGUUCAUCAUGCAGAUACCAUGAAGUUAGCAAGCAGACUACAACUAAGAUCCCAAAAUGUUGGGUAGUUACAUGGAACUUACUUCACGUUACUUGUAUAUACAAGGCAGUUGACCUCUUGGGGGGCAUAAUUAAGAAGCCCAAAGAAAAAGUCAGUGAUAAAGGCAUUUUCAGCUUAGGAUAUGGCAAAGCUAGAACUCUGUACACAGUAUGCAUGUUUCAUUUGCUAAGCCCACUUGAUUAAACUCUUCUUCCCAAAUGCACCACUCCCCACACUUGUUUUGCAAAGCCUAUUUGUUUUAUUCCCACUGAAAAAAAUACAUAAACUGAGAAGUUUUAGCACUGCUAUGUAUAGGAGAGUAUUAUUACAAAGGGUUGGAAUCCCUGCUAGAAAAUGGUUUACAUAUAAAUGCUAUUAGAUUUGAAUGCUAAAGUAAGGGAUUGUCUAUAUAGCUAUCGAGUGCACAUGUGCACUGUAAUAUUUUCAAUACAAGUAUUUUCAGGUAAGGAGUAGCCAACUGCAUAUGUGAAAUAUUUCAUGCACUCUUUUUUUUUUUUUUAAGCAAAUUAUCAGAUUAUACAGGUAAACUGACAUGGAUUAGGACCCUGCUUUGAGUUGAUAUUCAUACAAAAAUAAGAGCUCCAGAAUGUUGAGAUUCCAGAUUGUGGCUGAAGAGAUAAAAGUAUUGGGCAACACCAAAUAAAUGAUUAUGUGCAUUUUCAACAUGAGAUGUAAAACAUCUUUUCCAUACAAAAUUUCAACAACUUUUAAAUGAAAAGAGUCUAAGUCUGUAUCUUUUUGUGACUAAAGAAUAGCUAUUCACACUUCAGGCAGGAUUGGAUUUGAUUUAAAUCAAACCUGUGUAAAUAUAUAAAAGUGUUUUGACCUAUAAACCUGUGACGAAAUAAAGGAAAAUGGGGCUUCAGCUACCGAGUGGUAUUUUCAGUAACAAAACUACAACCGUUCUGUACUGUAAUUGGAUUUGAUAUUCAGGAGGUAAUUGUAAAUAUAUAUUUUGGAUAUUCAAAAUGUAUUAAAGGUUGGAUAUGGAC